AUGUACUCGGCGCCGCCCUCCCGCCGACCCCACCCCCGCCCCAAAAGGGAGCGCAAGUUCAAGGUGGGCUUUGCGAAGCGCCUGGUUGACGGCGUCAAGAAGAGCCGCCUGGACCUGGACAGCCGCAAGGUGGUCAAGGCGCAGGAUGAGGAGAAGCGCAUCAGGGACAAGGCCAAGUGGAUCGCGCAGCAGGUGGGCGCGUUCUGGGCCAAGGCGGAGCGUGUGGUCAGCUACAAGCUCUACGUCGCGGUGCAGGAGCGCAAGCGCCAGCCGAUGGACGCGGACGAGGAGGAGCGGGAGGAGGGGGAGGGUGGAGAGGAGGAGGAGGAGGAAAAUGGGGAGGAAGGCGGGGAAGACGAGGAAGGGGGCGGCGAGGAGGAGGGGGAGGAGGAGGAGGAGGAGGAGGAGGAGGGCUUGGAUGUGCUGGCGCAAGAGGAGCCGCUGGAAGACGACCAGCCGGCAGACGAGGAGGCGCAGCAGCAGCAGCAGCAGCAGCAGCAGCAGUGCGGCGCACCGAACGGGCAGCCGGACGAGCAGGAGCAGCAGCACGCGGAGCCGGGCAAGCGGCGCCGCAGCGGCGGCGGCGACGCGGGGGCGCCCGAGGGCGCCGCAGCAAAGCGCCCGCGCCGCGGGGCCGCGGCCGCCGCGGGCACGGCGGCACCCACCGCAGCGGCGGACGCAGCCGGGCCGGCACCACAGCAGCAACAGCAGCAGCAGCAGCAGAACAAGAAGCCCUCUGUUGCGCCAAAGGCGGGGGGUGGUGAUGAGGACACGGACUUUGCGUCCGGCGAGGAGGAGAGCGAGGACGACGAGGCGACGCUUGAGGAGGAGGAGAGGAUGGCAGAGGCGGAGGAGGAGGCGCCGGCGGACGAGCUCAAUGAUCUUGAGGCGGAGGCGGACCUGCCCCUGGACCAGCUGCUGGCCAGGUACGGCUUUGUGGUCCCGGACGGCGACGCAGAGCAGCAGCACCACUCCUCGGACGGGGAGCAGCAGCAGGAGGAGGAGGAGGGGGCCCGGCCGAAGCGCAAGGCGCGGAAACGGGCAAAGGCGGCGGCUGCGGGGGAGGCUCCUGUGGGGGAGGAGCAGCAGCAGCAGCAGCAAGACGAGACGCAACAGCAGCAGCCCGCCGCCGCGGCCAGCGCCGCUGCCGUGCCGGCCAGCGCGGCCGGCGAGGGCGGCAGCGAGGCCGUGGCGACGGCGGCGGCGGCGCCCGAGCCCGAGGCGGCGAGCGGCGCGGCGGCGGGCGGCGGCGGCGCCAAGGCGGGGGCCGGCGACGAGGAGGGCGACGAGAAGGCGGACUUCGGCGACGUGGCGCGUGCGGCGAUGGAGGCGCAGCCCACGGGCUACACCCUGGCCACCACCAAGGUGCACACCCCGAUCCCGUUCCUGCUGAAGCACGACUUGAGGGAGUACCAGCACAUCGGCCUCGACUGGCUCGUCACGCUCUACAAGAAGAGGCUCAACGGCAUCCUGGCUGACGAGAUGGGCCUGGGCAAGACGAUCCAGGCGAUCUCGCUGCUGGCCUACCUGGCCUGCGAGGAGGGCAGCUGGGGGCCGCACCUCAUAGUGGUGCCCACCAGCGUGAUGCUCAACUGGGAGAUGGAGUUCAAGAAGUGGUGCCCCGCCUUCAAGCUGCUCACCUACUACGGCAGCGCCAAGGAGCGCAAGGUCAAGCGCCAGGGCUGGUCCAAGCCCAACGCCUUCCACAUCUGCAUCACGUCCUACACGCUCGUGCUGCAGGACGCCAAGCGGAUGUUGUGCCUGCACAUGCUGGGAGAAUUGUAA